UACGUGCACGAACUACAUUUGUGGGUACUGCAUUUUUCGCACCAUUAUGGCGUCACCAACACAAAUGGCGCCAUUUCCGCAUCCGCUGCACAAAAGCAACAACAACAGCAACAGCAACAACAUUGCCGCCAACAAACUGCAGUGCCACACGAAAACCUCAUCACAAUCACACCUGAGGCGUCCACAAUGCAUCACCACCACCACCACCACUGCCACUACCACUAUUAGGGCCACACUGUUAUUGUUUUGCCAGUUUCUCACGGUAUUCUGCAUUCUUCUAAUGGCGACCGGAAGCGUGCGAAUGGCACAAGCACAAGAUGAUCCGCUCACCGCGACGAACGCCGUCACCGCACCUGGCCACCAUACGCAACCUUCAUAUGCAGACGCCGUGCCGAGCGCAUUUUAUUGCCCUGCCGAGGGUUUGUUCGCCGAUGAUUACGACUGUCGUAUCUACUACCGCUGCGAAGCGAAAACAAAUGACUACAUCAAAGCGUAUGCAUUCGCUUGCAAACCGGGAACCGUAUUCUCACGCAACCUGCGUCUCUGUAUGCCACCCCAGCUGGCGGGCCGCGAGGAAUGCAACGAUUACAUGAACGAAAUUGAUACGGACAGUGGCGAUAAUGGUGAUGAUGGCCAACAACUGCCACUACUGACAUAUGGCAUUGCCAAUAACGUUAAUGGCUUAUACGCGACCGCAGGCAAUGCUGGCGUUGACGCUGCCCCUACCACUGUCGCUGCAUCUGCCGCAGUAACGCGUGGUCAAUUGCAAAAUUAUGGCUUGUCAGGUUUGGGUGGCGUUUCCGUCAUUUCCUUUUCCACAUCAGCGGCGCGUUCGGCUGGCAGUGGCAGUGCAAUGGCCGAACAGGGACCACCUUGUGAAGAUGAUGGAUUUAUGAGCGAUCCAGACGAUUGCACAAUCUUCUAUCGGUGCAUUUCGAAUGGGCGCAGUUUCAAUAAAAUCGGAUUUCGCUGCUCGGAUGGCACGGCCUGGGAUGGUGCAUUGGAAUCGUGUAAUCAUAUACACAGUGUACGCGCAGGUGGCGGUUGUAGGGGAAAAGCUGAUAAUUUAGUAUUGGCUGACUACGCAGCGGACACAACUCAAUCAACGCAAACCAACUACCAGAACACAACGGCAUCGAGCAGCAGUAGUCAGCAGAGCUCCACCAGUUCAACUUCCACCUCGUCCUCUUCAUCGUCGUCGUCAUCAUCGUCAUCGAACUCUACAAGCUCAAAUGCAACGAGUGCCGGAGGUGCUGGCGGUAAUCAGCAGCAAACAAGCACUCAAUCAAGCAGCACAGAAAGUAAUUCGUCGAACUCACAGUCGCAAUCGAGUACACAGAGCUCGAGUUCCAGUAGUCAACAAUCAUCCACUUCUAGCACAGGCUCAACCUCCACUUCAAGUGAGAGUGGAAAUGAAUCGAACAGCAACAAUCAAUCUAACUCGAGCAAUCAAUCGAGUAGCAAUAAUCAAUCUGGCAAUAAUCAAUCUAGCAAUCAGUCAAAUUCUAGCAACCAAUCGGGAUCUAAUAACCAGUCAGGUAGCAAUAAUGAGUCCAGCUCUAGCAAUCAAUCUGGCUCAAGCAAUCAAUCAAAUAACCAGUCAGUUAGCAAUAAUGAAUCCAGCUCCAACAAUCAAUCUGGCUCAAGCAAUCAGUCAAAUUCGGGCAAUCAAUCGGGAUCCAAUAACCAGUCAGGUAGCAAUAAUGAAACCAGCUCCAGCAAUCAAUCUGGUGCAAGCAAUCAAUCAAAUUCUGGCAAUCAAUCGGAAUCCAAUAACCAAUCAGGUAGCAAUAGUCAAUCUGGCUCAAGCAAUCAAUCGGGAUCUAAUAACCAAUCAGGUAGCAAUAAUCAGUCCAGCUCCAACAACCAAUCAGGUUCAAAUAAUCAAUCAAAUAGCUCCAACACCAACAAACCUGGCUCGGACCCCGAUUGCGAAAAUGACGAGACUUACAUCCCCGAUGAGAAAGACUGCACAAAGUUUUAUCGCUGCCGAGAUAAUGGAAUUACCGGUUUAGAAAAAGUGCCCUUUACAUGUGGGCCAGGUACAGUGUGGAACCAAGAAGAGAAAGUUUGCGACAUCCCCACCAGCGCACAAAAAGAGAAAUGCAAAGCAAUGUUAAAUAUAGGUGGCUCUACGAACACAACUAGUAACAAUCAGCAGGCAAGCAGCGAACAAUCAGGCAACAAUCAACAAUCUUCCAACAAUCAAAACGCCUCCGGUAAUAACAAUCAGCAGUCAAGCAAUGAACAAUCAAGCAACAACCAACAAUCUUCUAACAAUCAAUCCAACUCCGGCAACAACAAUCAGCAGUCAAGCAAUGAACAAUCAAGCAACAACCAACAAUCUUCUAACAAUCAAACCAACUCCGGUAGCCACAAUCAAUCAUCCAACAGCAAUCAGAAUACAUCAAGCUCUACAGGAAAUCAAUCUUCUUCAUCUAGUAAUCAAUCGACUUCCUCAAACCAGUCAAGCAGUAAUCAAUCAAAUCAGCAACAGUCGAGCACCACUCAAAAACCUCUCAAUCCGGAGGGUGAUUGCAAGGAUACCGAGACUUAUUUAGCCGAUAAGACAGACUGUCGUCGUUUUUACCGCUGUGUGGAUAACGGUAAUGGAGAUUUUACUAAGGUAUCUUUCGAUUGUGCACCCGGCACGGUAUGGGAUCCAGAUGUUUUAGGCUGCAAUCAUCCAACCGAUGUACAAAAGGAGCAAUGCCGAGUUAUGGCCAGUGGGGGUAGUGGUUCCAAUACCACGUCAGGUACGGGAACAAGUCAGCAGACUUCGAGUAAUAACCAAUCGGGAUCAACAAGUACAAGUAGUUCAAAUCAGCAGGGCUCAUCAAGCUCUAGUCAACAGUCAUCAGGAAGUAAUCAAACUGGAACAAGCUCGAGCGGUUCAAGUCAACAGUCUUCUAGUAGUAAUCAGUCAUCAUCAUCAAGUUCCGGUCAGCAAUCUUCGGGCAGUAAUCAAACGAGCUCAUCAAGCAGUACAAGUUCUAAUCAGGAAACGUCGUCUAGCACCAGCUCAACUAGCACACAAGAAUCAACUACAAGCACUCAAGGCUCUAACACUCAAGGCUCCACUACAACUCAAAGCUCUAGCGGCAACCAGACCUCCACUGCAACACAAGGAUCCUCUACAACACAGAGUUCUAGCAAUAAUCAAGGCACAACAACACAACAAGGUUCCUCCGGGACGCAACAAGAAUCUUCAACAUCAACAAGUAGCAGUAGCAACAAUCAACAAGGCAGCUCUACAACACAAGAAUCAAGUGGUUCGCAGUCCACAACAACCAGCCAAAGUUCGACAACCACGCAAGGCACAACCACUAUAGCUCCUAUCCAAUCGAAGCCAUCUGGCAACUGCGAUCACAAUACACAAUUUCUGGGUGAUGAGAAGGAUUGUGCAAAGUUCUAUCGCUGCGUGGACAAUGGCAAAGGCAGUUAUGAUAAGAUCGCUUUCACCUGUGGACCAGGCACCGUUUGGGAUAGCACGAUUGCAGCUUGCAAUCACGCUUGGGCAGUGAAGGAUAAGAACUGCGGUGCAGGUGGCGUAACUCAAAAGCCACAAACUACGCAAUCACCAGCUACUCAAGGCCCUACUACACAAAGUCCUACCACUACUCUCCCGCACCAAACUACGAAGCCUCCCACACAAGUACAAAAACCUACUACUUCACGUCCAUCACAAACAACCAGUCGCCCAGGUGAUAGUACGCAGUCACCUCUCCCACCACCACCCACUGUAAGCACCCAACGUCCCAUUCUCACUCAUGGUCUGUGCCAAGAGGAGGGUUUCAUUGGCGAUCCCAAAGACUGUUCUGUGUUCUAUCGUUGCGUAAAUAAUGGAAAAGGAGGAUUCACGCAAUAUCCAUUUAAAUGCGGAGACGGGACUGUUUGGGAUAACGAAUUGCAGACGUGUAAUCACGACUUAAAGAUGUGUAAUACGAAUGCGGCUACCAGCAAGCCAACAACUACUCAAGAACAAACGACUACAACGUCAACGGCAACAUUACCCACCACCACUCAAGGGCAAUCUUCUACGCAGACUCCCACCUUUGAUUCUACAACAAGACCACCAUCGACAACUACCACAGAUGAGGGCAAACUACCAGAAACCUCCACUGCACCAGCAACAACCACAACAUCAGGCACCUACCCAACAACAAAGCCUGAGUAUACCACCAAGUAUCCAAGCUCAACCACUCCAACCAGCGCAACAGAAUCCACCACUUCUUCUACGCUAGAGUCCACCACAAGCGGUGAGUAUACAACAACCCUAAGCCCAAUACCAAAUUUGCCACCCGGCACUAAAUGCGAGGCUGAGGGUUUUAUGGCUGAUCCGUACAACUGUCGUAAAUUCUACCGCUGUGUGAAUACUGGAGAUGGAUAUGUAAGACACGAAUUUAAAUGCGCUAAAGGCACGGGAUGGAGUGAGGAAAAGCAAACUUGUGAUCAUGCCAGCAACAUCGACAGGUGUGCAGGGCAAACGGAAGAGCCCGAGCCUGUCACCACAACGGAAGUGUACUUUGAAACAACAACAGACAGUGCAUAUCCAAGUGACAAACCUAGUAAUGAGAAGCCAACCACCACACAAUACCCAAGUACAACGGUUCAACAGACUACAACAGUCAUAACCGAAAAGCCAACCACAUCUGCACCUGCAACCACCACACAAGCUACAACCACAACUAGUGCUCCUACAACAUGGACCACAACGCAGGCACCUACAACAACAACAAGCUGGCCUACAACACAGCUAACAAGCACAACUGCUUCUCCGACUACAGGUUCGCCGGAAAUAACAAAACCUACGACAACCGCGCCAACGCAAGAAUCAACAACUGAAGGUGACUCGACCACAACAUUGCAGCCCACUUCGACUACACCUGUGCCGAACUUGCCACCGGGCCAAACUUGUCAAGGUGAAGGUUUUAUGGCGGAUCCUAUGGAUUGUCGGAAGUUCUACCGUUGUACCCGAAACGGAGGCGCGUAUGUGCGACACGAGUUCACUUGUGCGAAAGGUACAGGCUGGAGCGAGGAGAAACAAACUUGUGAUUAUGCUGCAAAUAUUGAGCGUUGCGGCGGCCAGACUGAAGAACCGGAAACGUCGACCAUAACUACAGAAUCAUCAUUCGAAAGUUCAACAACGACAAGACCGAGUGAGUGGUCAACAAGUACGCAGGUGCCACAAACAACAACACUGCCCAGUUCUACUACACAGCAAACGACCACAAUAGAAUCUUCAACACUGCAAGAAAGUUCCACCACCACUGAGAAGCCUACAAGUACACCUUUGGGACCAACAACCACACAAAAGCCCAUAACAACCACAACCAUUCAAGCAGAAUCCACCACAUAUCCAUCCACUUCGAAACCAGGCUACUAUCCCACCACUCAAGCCACCAUAACCACAGACAAACCAGCCACAGAUUAUACCACAACUCAAUCCACCACGACUGAAGACUAUCCAGGCACAACUGUGGAGCCUGUCAAUCACGUCUGCACCAGUGAAGGUUUCUUCCCCGAUCCACAGGAUUGCAACCGUUACUAUCGUUGCGUUGACGCGAAAAAGAAUGGCAAAUAUCAAAUUUAUAGUUUCCGCUGUCCAGCAGGUACUAUUUGGGAUACAUCGCUAGAGAUUUGCAACUUCCCCGAACGUGUUUCGGGUAACUGCUCAGAUGCAGGCGGCAUGGUAACCACAACUGAAUGGCCAACUACGACCAUUGCCGAGAAGCCAACUGAAAAACCUAAACCUACGAAACCAACUGAAAAGCCGACAACGGAGCAGACAACUACGGAAACAACAACGCAGCAGCCAACUACAACCAAACUGCCAACAACACCAACAGCGAAACCAACGAAGCCAACUAAAAAGCCCACAACAGAGCAAACAACUACAACAGCGAAACCAACAAAGCCAAUUGAAAAGCCCACUACAGAGCAAACAACUACGGAAACAACAACACAGCAGCCAACAACCGAACCUCCCACUACUACGCAGCCUACAACAACCACCAAACCAACUACUGUGCCAACAACUACCACUUCCGCACAACCAACUACAACCACCGAGCAACCAACUACAACUACCGAACAGCCAACUACAACCACCGAGCAACCAACCACAACUACCGAGCAACCAACUACCACUACCCAAUCUCCUACAAAUCCGCCAACAACAACGCCUGAAGCGAUAACAACUACCCCAAGUCCAGCAACGAACGACAGUAAACCAUGUCCUGAAACUGGCGAAGGCCAAAAUGCCUUUGUCUGUCCGACAGGUUUCCGUCGACAUCCGAAGAGCUGUGACCUAUUCUAUCAAUGUACCGAAAAGGCCGAUAGCUAUGAUCUAGCGAUAACAGUAUUCGAGUGUCCCAAUGGUACGGUGUAUCAAGAGCAAAGGAAUCUUUGCGACAAACCAGUCAAAGGCGAUACCUGUCUGGAUAAGGCGAUGACCCGCUCGGCAUUCUAUGAGGAUCAAAUAAGGCGCAUGAAUAUGGUACAAAUACGCACCAUCGGCGAGCCACUUUGUCCCGCUGAAGGUCAUUUCGCACUGAAUAAGGAUGAAUGCAGUCAGCUUUUCAUCAAAUGCGGUUACUCAACAACGACCGGUCGCUUGGAGGGUCAACUGUUCCGUUGCCCCCAAGGAUUUGCCUAUUGGGCAGUGAGUCGACGCUGCGAACGCGCACAGAAGUUGCUCAGCUGCACACCAACUAAAUACGAGAUUGGCGGUGAUCUGCCAAUGGAAUGGGCGAAUAUUGGAAAUAGACGUAGAAAUUUAAAAAUUUAGAUUUAGAUUUCGUAAGAGAUGACAAGAUGAUCACGAAUAAUGGGUACUAAAUAAGUAUUAAUGCAAUUCAUUCGGUUAAGUUAGUUUUUAAUAAACAAUAUUCAAAUUGUUUGCUGCGCAUGCGCAAUGAGUGAAAUGUGAAAACUUAGACUUCAGCGUGCGCUGCAAAUGAUGCAUGAAUAUUUGCAAUAUUUGGCCAGGCCAAGACGCACUCCUUUAAGUCUGCAAUUAGUUUCUUUUAGUUUAUUAUUAUUAUUUAUAUUUAUAAGUGCUUAGAUUUGGGUCAAACUCAUUUUGUAUGCGGUGUUGGUAUUUAUUGAACUGAAGAUAUAAAAUAUCAGAAAUAUAUUUGAAAAAUGUAUUCUUAAGAUAACCAGUUAGAAACUCUAUGUGGAAAUUCAACUGAAAUAUUAAUUAAAGACCUACUACUUAAUUAGUUAUAAAUAUUUGCAUAUGAACAGAUGAAGGUUUGAACGUUUGAAGCGUCAUGAAUGUUCUGCCUAC